CGGUUUCCAUUGGUGUCAUUCGGUGUUCGUUGCCUGCUCAUUCGUAACGUUGGUCUUACCGGUUUUAGCGCAACCACUAUACAUCGAAAAUAAACAAAAAUUCUAUCGAGUAUGCCGGACCAGGCUUAUAAAAAAGAUCUAGAAGCUUACAAGAAAGAUUGCAGAAUUGCUUGCCAAUACGGUAUCAAAUGCUAUCAAAAAAAUCCAACACAUCAUGAAAAGUACAAACACCCGCCAAAAAAAGCACAGAGUGAAAGAAAUAUUGAGAAAGAAUUAGGAAAGGGUAGAAAACGAAAGAGCAGCGAUUCAGAGGAUGAGUCUUCAAACAUGAAUGAACGAGAGACAAAAUGGAAAAAGGAAGAUGAAUCAGCAGAGAGGGCACACAGUCUUUCACCAAGUCCAACUUCAAUAGAAGAAAGUCAUUCUAAAGCUGAGGAAGAGUCAAAUUCAUCUCUUAUUAAUGAUUCCUAUUCCAAAGGGGAUACAGCCAGGUCUGAGCGAAAUGACAGCGAUUUGGUUGGGACUUCAAAGACUUUGGAAAAAGUGACUGGCGAAGAAAAAAAAAUUGUUGAUAAAACAGUGAAGAAAAUUGUCGUGGAUUCAUCUUGGGAAAAGUUUGAUCAGACAAUCCAUAAGCUCUUCCUCACGAAAAUGCCUGAUGACUUCUAUUUGUUCUAUGAUUUCUGUAAAAGUCUAUCACCGAAAGAUCCCACGAAUGCCUUCAAACUUGUGGAUAUACAGCUCGUCGGUCCAUACGACGUUUUGAGCAGUAAGAUAACUGCUGAUAAUCAUGACGACACUGAAAAGUAUCUCAGACAUUGGAGAUAUUAUUAUGAUCCUCCAGAAUUCCAGACAGUCUUGAAAGGAAACAACAAAGAUGGUUUGCAUUAUGGAUAUUGGCGUGAUGAUAUCGACCAGCCACCUAUUUAUGUAGCAAAAAACAAUGCCAACAAAGAUUGCAUUAUAGAACCAGUAGCUCCUAACAUUUUUGGAGCAAUGAACAAGCACAUUAACAUGAGGAUGGCCAGGGCGAAUCCUUUCGAGAAGGGUCCAAUGCUGAAAUUGUCAAAACGGCUUAAAGACUUUGCUAAAGAAAAAGGCAUCAGUUUGGACUCUCAAAAUUCGGACAUGCGUACCAGAGAUCGGAAUGUGGUGGCCAAGACUUUUCAUGGUGCUGGUAUUGUUGUACCUUACGACAAAAAAACACAGCUCGGUUACAGAAUUCUUGGAGCAACGGACAGUCAAUUGAAGAAAAUAUUAAAACGGAUUGAUGAAGCAGAAUCGGAUGAGGAACGAAGGAGUGUGAUGACGGGUCUUGAGGAAGUUGUGAGAAUGGCGACGAUAGCAGCAGACGAGUGUGACUUUGGCACUUGUUUAGAAUUGGGUCAUGACUUAUUCUCCAGCGGCAUUGUACACGUCCAAGGAAUCGGAUUACGUAUGCUCGCUUCAGCCUACAAUCUUCUUGAUCGCAAAAAAUUCAUCAGAAUUGCUGAGGCUCACGCAAAAGAUCGCAAGAAGGGUUGUGACCUGGGCGUUAUUUGAAGAGCCAUGGCCUCUGAGAAUUUUUUGAGAUUCGAAUUAUCUAAAUCUACUUGUAAGCGAAAAAAGAAACAUAAUGAAGUUGGGCCAAAAAAAACGAAAUUUUCUGAAUCCAGUUAGAGGCACCAGAGCAUACAUGAUUUGCGUUUAAUCUCGAAUUACACGAAAUAAUCACAAAGAAGGUGAAAAAAUGGAGAAAUAAAUGGUAGGCUCAUGGAACUACUUCAUCGGUUCCACCAAAACUUUCGUUGCAACAAACCUUUGACUAUGAAAACGCUCCUAAUAAAGAAGAAGCAGAAAAUAAUCGAUAAAAUAUAGAAGAUUUUGAAUAAUUUCUCGUAAUGAAAAUUCAUGUGGGAGAGAGCAAGAAAAGAAGAACAAUAGUGUCAGGAUCGAUAAUGUCCACUUCAAAUUACCCCCUAAUGAUAUUACUUAAUACUUGAACGAUAUAUUUUAUAUGUAAAUAUGUAUAUUACUCUGAUACAGUUUCGGUGUCUUUUAUAGACAAUUUUUACGCACUUUUUUUCAAAUUUUCGCUCAUAAUCGCAAGAGAAAUGAAUUUUUGAUGAUGAGAAUCCAUUUUUUUUCUCCAUCAGGAUACAUUCAGUAAUAUUUUAUGGGACUGAUUUGCUGAGGAAUAUUAAUGCUCUAAAUGUAUUUCCACCUGGCUUGAAUGGAGCGCUGGCGUUUUCAUUUUAUGUACAUUUGUUUUAUAAAUUAUAUCAAUGAAUACUGAAUAAUAUCAAAUAAUACAAAGCAAAUAACGUGGCUGCUGUUUGAAUGGCAUUGAAACAAUAUUUUUAGAUAAACGAUAUUAUAUUUAACAAAAUUUACAAAUAAAAAAUGUUGAUGAAUUGUUCAGAACAAUAAUUAUCUGCUGCAGUCUUUUUCUUAUUUCACAUGAGAAAUUUUAGUUGACUGCAGACAUUUUUUCCUCGAUAAAUUGCAAAAUGUAGUCUCCCAAUUUAAAAAAAAAAUAAAAUUGGCAGUUUGGUCACACAGCAA